GCACGGCCCGGCCCCCGCGCCCGCCACGUCUGCCAGCGUCAUCUCUCCCCCGCCUCCCACCCCUCAAAAUCCUGCGGCCCAGCGUCUGGGGAUCCCGGAGGGUUCCCCGGGCCAGACUGAGCGGGGAGGAGAAAGGGGCGGAGAGCGAGGGGAGAGGGAGGGCGACCGAGAGCCCCGACACCCCCGGCCUUUUCCGGCGAGCUCUGCCGCCCCGGGAGUCGAAUUACAGGAGCUCCUCAUUGCCAUGCUAAUGGCGAACCGGGGUUGGGGGGAGAGGGCUGCGGACUCCCUCUGUGGAAACGGGAAGUUUAUUUUCUCGCCCCCGUGCGCUCCACGCCCACCUGGUUCCUCCCAGCCAGCCCUCCGCGCCCUUCCUUCGCCGUCCCGAGCUGGCAAAGCCAGCGGCCAGCCUCGCCCUGCGUCACCGUCCUCUGAGCGCCUCACAGCCCCACGGCCUCACGCAGGGACAGUGCGGCGGAGGCGCCCCGGGAGCCGGGGGCGUUUGGUCGCCGGAUUCCCACCCUUCCGGCCCUGCACGCUCGGGAGCUCUGCCGCACUUGCGGCCACCCAGCGAGCUCCAGCCCACUGAUUCCCGCCCCAGGAGAGCCGGGAGCCCUCUUCCCUUCUCACCUCUUGCCAGUUCCUCUUCUCGACGAUGCUGGGAGGGGGGCGGGGGGCGGGGAUGCCUCCCAGCCCCCACCUCCCGGAGGGGGAGGGCGCGCGGACUCGGGCGCGCGCAGAAGGCAGCCUCCGCUCCCCUUCGCCCCAGGGCUGUGAAGCUGCAGUUGCAGCCGCCGCAGCUUCUGCCGCCUCCUGGGCUGCCUGGGGGGGCGACUGCGCGUCACCUAGACGGAGGAGCGCCGGGGACUUAAAUGCCACUGAAACGGUGAUCCAUCACCGCCGGAGCCGGCAAACUUUCGCAGGAGGCUCAGCCAUUGGCUGGCCCAGUCACGUGCGCCUCCCCUGGCGCCCUCCGCCCUCGCGCCCCCCCUCUUGCGCACUGUACAUUCAUAUCAUUUUUCUUCUUCGGCCUCAUGGAGGAAGUGAGAAAGUUGGCACGGUCACCCAGGGCUUCGCAGGACCCGGUCACUCAGUGACAGAUGGACAAUGCAAAGAUGAGCUCUUUCCUGGAAUACCCCAUCCUUAGCAGUGGCGACUCGGGGACCUGCUCUGCGCGAACCUACUCCUCGGACCAUGGGAUUACAACUUUCCAGUCGUGCGCAGUCAGUGCCAACAGCUGCGGCGGCGACGACCGGUUCCUAGUGGGUAGGGGGGUGCAGAUCAGCUCGCCCCACCACCACCACCACCACCACCAUCACCACCACCAUCCUCAGCCGGCCACUUACCAGACUUCUGGGAACCUGGGGGUGUCUUACUCCCACUCGAGUUGUGGUCCAAGCUACGGUGCGCAGAACUUCGGUGCGCCUUACAGUCCCUACGGGUUAAAUCAGGAAGCAGACGUAAGUGGUGGGUACCCCCCGUGCGCUCCCGCUGUUUACUCUGGAAACCUCUCAUCUCCCAUGGUCCAGCAUCACCACCACCACCAGGGUUAUGCCGGGGGCGCGGUGGGCUCGCCUCAGUACAUUCACCACUCAUACGGACAAGAGCACCAGAGCCUGGCCCUGGCCACGUAUAAUAAUCCCCUGUCCCCUCUCCACGCCAGCCACCAAGAAGCCUGUCGCUCCCCCGCUUUGGAAACGUCUUCUCCAGCACAGACCUUUGACUGGAUGAAAGUCAAAAGAAACCCUCCCAAAACAGGGAAAGUUGGCGAGUACGGCUACGUGGGUCAGCCCAAUUCGGUGCGCACCAACUUCACCACCAAGCAGCUCACGGAGCUGGAGAAGGAGUUCCACUUCAACAAGUACCUGACGCGCGCGCGCAGGGUGGAGAUCGCCGCGUCCCUGCAGCUCAAUGAGACCCAGGUGAAGAUCUGGUUCCAGAACCGCCGGAUGAAGCAGAAGAAACGCGAGAAGGAGGGGCUCCUGCCCAUCUCUCCAGCCACCCCUCCGGGAAGCGAAGAGAAGGCAGAGGAAUCCUCCGAGAAGUCCAGCUCCUCGCCCUGCGUUCCUUCCCCGGGGUCUUCUACCUCCGACACUCUGCCUACCUCUCACUGAGGCCGCCGGCCCCGGCCCCGCAGCCCAGCCUCCUUCUUGGACCAGGGCUUUUCCCCUAAAGCACAUUCUUAGCUUAUCUCGCUUUCCAUUUACAGUCCCUCUCUUCCUUUCUGAUCCUAUCUGGAGAGCUCCUGGCCAGGACAAUGGGUUUCCAGGGAAUUCUGGACGGGAGACAUCCAGAUUGGGUGCCCGCAUCAAUUCGUGUGGGCUGCUGACAUCUCUCCCUACUUGGAGGAGGUCUUCACAGACCUUGCUCCUUUCAGUUGCCCUUUGGAAAAUAAUUCCCUUUUGCCAGCAGAAACAUGCCAGAGAGAGGCCUCGCUUCUUUUUAUGUAACUGCGUAUUCACAGUUCUUUCCUACCUUGCCCUUAAAAGUAGGAUAUAUAGAGUUCAGGAGUCUAUGGAGAAGAGGUGCACUAGGAGUGUGUUUACACAGUUCAUUCAUUCCUUAAUUUAAUUCAGUUUCCUGUGUGUGAGUUUGCUGGUUGUAAAUACUUUGUCCUGAGAGAUUUAUCUUUAUACAGAUUUUCUAGAAAUGUUUUAGAUUAGGUGACUAAAACAGACAGGGUGGGCAAACUCUCACAACUGGUACAAUUUUAUAUGUGGUUAUAGGUGAUGGGAUACUUCCAGCCCAAUCGGAUGCCUCCCAGGGUAGCCUCAGUUUGUUCUUUCAGUAUGUUAAGAAGGCCAACAGAGCACAAGCUUCAGAAAUCUGGCUUCCUGUGUUAAAGGUCCCCCAACCUGCUCCUUUCUUCCUGCUUCUCUGGUCACCCUCCAUUUAAAAUGUGUGCUGAAUAAUUUGGAACCUAAAGGUAUUAUUCAAACCAACUUCUUCCACAGUUAUCUUAGCGGGAUGUGAUGUAUUUUCAGCUCAGUUGUUGAUGUGAUGGCUGGCACAAUGAAUGUAUAUUUUGUGUGAUUCGUGAAUAGUCUUUUGCAUGUCGCACAAUGUUUUGAUGUCCCUGGAGUACCACACUGAGUUCUAUCAGUUACCCUUUGUGAACCUAUGAUAGUCCCCAUUUCCUGUACAAUCAUGAACAGCUCUGAGAUCCUGGAGUGAUGUGAUCCAGAGCAGAAUUUACGGGUCUGAAGAAGUCUGUAAUAAAUGUAUUCAAGUUUCAGGUAUGCUGAAGCAUCUGUGUAUUUGGCUGGGCUACAGUUUGUUGAAUCUCACCAAGCUGGCUGAUGUCAUGUGGGAAAGGGGAGAAGGGUGGUGUGUGUUUUCAAAGA